GCCCCGGCGUCCACUCGUGCCUAGUCCCUGCCGGGCCUCCCAACCCGGGCAGCUCCACGGCAGCCAGCGGAGCGAAGGAGGACCUAGAUCCCAGGCCCCUGCAGCCCACGAUGCCUACCGAUGUGGAACCCUCCGUUCUUGCUAAGACCCUCCACCUUAUCUUCCUCUCAACCUUCUGGGGGAUGCAGAUUUGGGUGACCUUCAUCUCAGGCUUUGUGAUGGGUGGAAACCUCACCCGCCACACCCUGGGCUACAUCCAGAGCCGGCUUUUCCCGUAUUAUUUCCACAUUGGCUCCGCCUGCUCCUUCUUUAACCUGACUAUCUUUGCCAUGUGUCACCCCAGGGAGCUUCUCAAUGAUGAAGAGACCACACAGCUCAUCGUUUUCUUCGUGUGCGUCAUCGUGUCCGCGCUGAACGCCCAGUGGUUCGGCCAGAUGACCUCCGACAUCAUGGCCGACAUGCACCUCCUGGAGCAGAGCUACGGGCUGGGCCAGGACAUCGGCUUCUUCUCCCGCAAGUCCUACACGCGGCUGCGCGAGUCCAACCCCAAGUACAGGCAGCUGUCCCAGCAGCUCAACCGCUAUCGCCUCCUCUCCUCCCUCUGCAACCUGGGCUGCCUGGCAUGUAACGGCUUCAGCCUCUGUCACAUGGCCACUCACCUCUCCACCUUGUGACGGAGGCUGGGCGGGUGUGGGGAGGGUCCUGAGCCAGGUGAUGGAUAGAGAGUAUGCAGGCUUGGGACAAGGAGGAAGGAAUUCACACCCUCCCUCAGAUACUAGCUGUGUGUCCCUGGGCCACAAAUGAAUGAGUGAGCAAGUGAAUGAGUGAGUGAGUAAGUGAAUGAAGAGUUUGCGCCUCUGUAUUGGUCCCUUUCUGCUUGCUCUAUGACUCUGCCACCUCAGGAAGGCCGUCCAGAGUCUUUUCUUAGAGGCUGAGGUCAGCUUCCAGCACCAUGCGAGGGACCUUUUGAGCUGAAGGGGUCAGAACCUUGUUUCUUGUCUACUUUCUUCCCAGAGUCUUGGUGCUAGAUCUGUGGGGCAGUGUGUAAAUGGAUGGAAAAAUGACUGAAAACAGAACGAAGGGAUAAGGAAAUGGAUGGAUGGAUGGAUGGAUAAGUGGAUGG